CUCACACAUACAUUACCUGCAGGAGAGGACCAACAACACACGGCAUUUACAUCACCUAGACGAUGACUGAGGAGAAGAGUCGAGCGUUGCGGGUCGUGAUGCUCCUCGUCGUCGUGUGUUUGUCCGGUGGCGACGGGCUGAGCGGUCCGGACUGCAGCUCGUCCACCACGGAGACGAACAGCGCCCUGUGUUUACCGCCGGCCGUCGUCGACGCACAGAGAGCCGGACAGAGCCAGAAACAACACCUGGAGGCUCUGUUCAACAGAUAUGGAGAAAACGGCACCAUCUCUCUGGCCGGUUUAAAGCGUCUCCUACAGAACGUGGGCUUGGGUCGCAUCAGGACUGUUACGGUGCAGCAUCACGAGCAGCCGGGUCACCAUGACGACCACGAGCAUCCUCACCAGCAUCACCACCACCAUCACAAUCACGACCAUAAAGGCCACAAUCACCACCACCAUCCCCAUGACGACCACCAGAAACACGGAGAACCUUCGCAGCCGGGAAAGACGACAAAGAGCGCCGACGUCGCCAAAGAGCAGGACGGCAGCGCGGGGAAGAAGGGGGAGAACCCCGACAGCCAUAAUAAACUGUACGAUAAGAAGGCGGCGUUGGCGGCGCAGGAGGUCGAAGCCACGACCGAGUCCAACGCUCAGCUGGUGGCAAAACCAGACGACGCUCAGAAGAGACGGAGCGGCGGCCAAGAUCCACCUGGAGGAGAGGAACCGACCGCUGCCAGACUGGCGACGGAGACUCAGACACAAGCUGCUGCAGUGAGCCGGGUGGACGAUCGGAGUCAUGAUCACGCACAUGACCACGAUCAUGACCACGAUCACACUCAUGACCAUGACCACGUGGAUCACGAUCUGGUCCGCAACCGAAGCCUCCCAGCUGCAGAGUGUCUGAACGCCUCCAGCAUCCUGUCCUCACAUGGGAUGGCUCAGGAAGUGGCCGUAACCCUCGGUGACUUCAGCUUCCUCUGUCCCGCCCUCCUCAACCAGAUCGACAGCGGAGCGUGUAUCCUGCACAGCCAGAGAGACCAUAAACAUCAUAAACAUGCUCACGAUCACCAUGGCGACCACGGACACAACCACUCCGACCACGGACACAAUCACUCCGACCACGGACACAAUCACUCCGACCACGGACACAACCACAGCGAUCACGGCGGUGUAGAAAACAGCAAAAACAUCGCAACAGCGUGGAUCGGCGGCAUCGUGUCCAUCACCAUCAUCAGCUUGCUCUCUUUGGCCGGAGUCGUUCUCAUCCCGCUCAUGAACAGAGUCUUCUUCAAGUUCCUCCUCAGCUUCCUGGUGGCUCUGGCCGUCGGCACGCUGAGCGGAGACGCCUUCUUACAUCUCAUCCCUCAUUCUCAGGGAGGACACCAUCACCACCACGAGUCCUCUGAGAUGAACGCGGACGGGCAUCUUCACCCCCACGAUGAAGACGAGGAGAACCUGGAUGGAGUUUGGAAAGGUCUGACGGCUCUGAGCGGCGUCUACAUCAUGUUCCUCAUCGAGCACUUCCUCACGCUGGGGAAGAUGUACAAGGACAAGAAACAAAAGAUCCAGAAGAAGUGGGAUCAGAACGAUAAAGCGGAUCCAGAGAAGCAGCCGGCGCUGGAGGAGAACGACCUGAAGCCGACUGAAGACGUGGAGACUAACGGCACUACGUUCGGCGACCAUUCGAACAGCCUCCACGACGGCAGCGUGGCGGAGGAGGAGCAGGUGAUGCUGGCGCCGCAGGUGUCCGUGGUGUCGCCGCAGGGUUACGGCCGAGCGUCGGGAGGAGCCGACGCCUACACCGACGAGGACUGCGAGAACAAAUGCCACUCUCACUUCCACGACACGGUGGGCCAGACGGACAGCAUGCACCACCAUCACCAUGACUACCACCACAUCCUGCACCACCACCACUCCCAGAACCAUCACCCGCACAGCCACUCGCACUCGUACUCGGAGCAGCACUUCCAGCAGGCCGGCGUGGCCGCGCUCGCCUGGAUGGUCAUCAUGGGAGACGGGCUGCACAACUUCAGCGACGGCCUCGCUAUCGGAGCUGCGUUCACUGAAGGUUUGUCCAGCGGUCUCAGCACAUCUGUGGCUGUUUUCUGUCACGAGCUUCCUCAUGAGUUAGGUGACUUUGCGGUGCUGCUGAAGGCCGGUAUGACGGUGCGCCAGGCCAUCCUCUACAACGUGCUGUCGGCCAUGAUGGCGUACUUCGGCAUGGCGACGGGAAUCCUGAUCGGACACUUCGCAGAAAACAUCUCCAUGUGGAUAUUCGCCCUCACGGCGGGACUCUUCAUGUAUGUGGCUCUGGUGGAUAUGGUGCCAGAAAUGUUGCACAACGACGCCGGCGACCACGGCUUCAGCCACUGUGGCUUCUUCCUGCUCCAGAACGCCGGCAUCCUGCUCGGCUUCUGCAUAAUGCUGCUAAUCGCCAUUUUCGAGCACAAAAUCCAGCUGGACCUGGGAUACUGAAGCACGGAGAGCGUUUUUGAUCCUGAUCUCCACCUGCAUUCCAGCGUCUGCGUCAGAAGUGUAGCGUGUUUUAUUUUAUACUUCUUUGUUCUAGACAGUCAGAGCUCGAUUUGUUUUUGUAGUUUAUACGUUCGUCUCGGUUGUUGUAGCUGGAAACGGAAACAGAGAGUAAACAUUUAGGAGCUUCUGAGGCUCAAAUAUCUGCAGCUCAAACUGAGAAUUAGUCCAAGAAUAAGAGUGAAAGGUAGUUUUUUUUUUUUUUACAUUUUCUUGGACUGCAGUGAAAAACAUGCAGCAGCUCUUCCUGUGUCAACAACCUCGUGAUCCCUGAGUAGAAGAAAAGAGUUGAUAACCUCCCCCCACCUAACACCUGAAAGCAGCAUCGUGUCUGUUUCCCUUUACGUCACUUAAAUCUAUUUUUUAGUUUCUAGUCGAUGUGUUUCUGCUGCUGAGUCGCCACAUCAGUAUUACAAUAGACACCAAAGUGCCAUAACAGCCCUGCUUAUUCAUACAACACCACACCAGGUCAACACUUCACACGUUAAUGUUCCUCCUCUAAACACUUUACAUCUCAGUCUUUGCCACAGUUAUUCUCUGCAUGUCGUAUUAUCUCGAUUUAAAGCUGCGAUUAAUGAUAUUCAUUUAUUUAAUGUCAGAAAUUGGUCAAAAACAUCAAACUGAUGUAUAAAAACCACACUAUUUUCACAUUUUAGAAGCUCAUCUUUGGCAUUUUUGCUCAGAAAAAUAACUUAAAAUGAUUC